AUGAAUUUGCGAGCUCCGUCCAUUGGAUCCAAGUGCUACUCCAAUGCCAAUUUCAAGAACUACUUUUCAGACUGGGUUAUUUCGUUUGUUCUACUCGUUUACUUUUUCAGUAUAGCUGAACAUGCCAACCCAUUUCAACGCCAAUUUCUGACAGCGGACUUGUCAAUAUCGCAUCCCUUUGCUGUCAAAGAACGUGUUUCUGGGGUGGAGUGUAUACUUUUGGCUGCACUUGUGCCCUUGUCCGUCAUAUCUGCGAUUGUUAUUUUGAAAAGUUAUGUGGGAAAACUCAAGUCCAACUCCAAUCCAUUGCAUGUCUUUCAAGUUAGCAUUUUGGGACUUUCUAUGUCCAUAUUCUUGGAUGGGGUGAUUACCGAUAUUCUCAAGAAUUGGAUUGCGAGACCAAGACCGGACUUUUUAGCUAGAUGUGGCGCACAAGUAAAUACGUCUGUCAAUGAGUUGGUCGAUAUAAGUGUUUGCACUGCCCCAUUGGGAGACCUGCUUUUGUUGGAUGGAAUGCGAUCAACACCGUCAGGACAUUCAUCCAUAAGUUUUGUCGCCUUUUUGUAUCUCACUUUGUGGUUAUCAGGACAAUUUAAGUUGUUUAACUCAACUCCACAACAUAUGUACAAGUACAUUGUGGCAUUCAUGCCGUUAUUGCUUGCUACGUACAUAUCAUUGAGCAGGGUUCAGGACUAUAGACACCAUUUCAUAGACGUGAUUCUAGGCUCCACGUUGGGUUGCAUCAUUGCAGUGUUGAUUUAUUUUCAUUAUUGGAACGACUUACAAAGUGACGCAUGUGACUCACCUAGAUCAUUCAAGAACAGCUCAGAACCUGUUUUACCUUUAUAA